AUGGCGCGCACCAAGCAGACGGCGAGGAAAUCCACCGGCGGUAAAGCCCCGAGGAAGCAGCUGGCGACCAAGGCCGCCAGGAAGUCCGCCCCCGCCACCGGCGGCGUCAAGAAGCCCCACCGCUUCCGCCCCGGCACGGUUGCGCUCAGGGAGAUCCGCAAGUACCAGAAGAGCACCGAGUUGCUGAUCAGGAAGCUCCCUUUCCAGAGGUUGGUCAGGGAGAUUGCGCAGGACUUUAAGACGGACCUCCGGUUCCAGAGCUCCGCCGUCGCCGCCCUCCAGGAGGCGGCGGAGGCGUACCUGGUGGGUCUCUUCGAGGACACCAACCUCUGCGCCAUUCAUGCUAAGAGGGUCACCAUUAUGCCAAAGGACAUCCAGCUGGCUAGGAGGAUCAGGGGCGAGAGGGCUUAG